GCUCAACGUCUGGAUGCCAGAUAAUGUCUAGUCCCCAAAUUCACUUAACGUAAAACAUAUGGAAAAAUGCGACAACUGUUACGUUACCAGACUUUUCGGUGCAAAGCAUUCCGUUCGUUGUGUUGUUUGAAAAAGGAGAAGAAAACCUAGGUGUCUCGUUUUUGUGUGUAAAGAGACUUUGAAAUCUGUGAGUAUGUAGGACUGAUUUGUGCACUGUUAAUAUGGUUUACUGUGUUAAUCAGCUUGGUUACAGUUGAGUCGAUGACAAGAAAUUAAACCCGUCAGGAAUGGAUUUGAUCAUUCACGGCAAAUCAACCCCAAGACCAACACGCCAGGAAGCCACCCAAGGCAAGUCAACAACAACCGCUGGCCUGAACCCCACCCAAAAAGGGCCCAACUAUAGCACCCCUGAUGCACCCAGGGAGGGGCCCAAACCGGCCGCUCUUCGCACUACUCUCUCUACUAACAAUUCUAACAAUAAGGCAAGCGUGAUAACUCAAGCCAAGCUUGACAAGAUCCAGAAGGUCGUCACGCCAAGGCCACGUUCCAGGAUGCAGUACCCAAAACCUGAAGGAGUUCCCUCUCUCAACCUCGGCAAACUGCAAGACGGAGACAACUCGUUACAGAACCCAGUCAUGGGCUAUGAGGAGAAGCUGGAUCCCCCAGACACAGCCAGUACUGUCAGUUGGGGAUAUCACGAGUACAGUCCGGCAGCAAGAUCUCCAGCCAUGAAUGCCCCCUUUGCCCUCCACCACACCCCUACCGCGGGCCGACCCAGCAACCGCAGCCAACGACCGGGCAGUGUGCCACGACUUGACCUGCAAGGAAAACACAAGUCCGCUUUGACUGAACCAGCUGUGCCAGAGAACCUUCCCCCUCCCUCUGAUCGCCAGAAGCAGCAGUUCAAACAGCUUGAGCAGGACAGGAAAGAUGAGUUGAAGCAGUGGUCCCAGAGGGCUGGCCAACCAAAGAAGCAACUGAAAGCCCCGUACAGAACUGACAAUGACGCUGACGAUGAUGUAGAUUUGAACAGCAGUCAGAACAAGCAAGACAAACGAGUCGAUGCGGAAGCCCUGGCUGCUGAGAGAAGGAGGCAGGAGAUUGAACAGACUGUUUUAGUGGAUCAGCUUUCAAGGAGUGUCUUAUGCGAUCCAGAGCAGAACCAACGAUGUGACACCCCACUGUCUGGAACCACCUCACCGUUUGGCCAACCGAGACCCAAAAUGAGGACACUUCAUGACUCCAAAGUUCGGACAACAGGGACAGUGACGGAGAACCUUCUGGACAAACGUUUGACCUUCAACGCUCGGAUCGUGACGAGAAGUGGUCACGAUGCCCUGCGGGAGCUGUGCGGAUUCUACUUUGACUUGGACAAGACCAUGACGGUCUACGAGUAUCGCCAGUUUGGCUCAAAAUCAAAAGCCUUGCCCUUCAUCCAGAGAGGGAAAUACUGCCAUGUGAUUGGCCGAAGAAAAGGCCGGCCGUACGUCGUGCAAGACAUUUCCGCAGGAGCCACUUUGACCUUUGACUCGGAAGGUCAGCCCUCCAUCUCGUCCGCCUUGAAGGCUAAACCCGUUCUCCUGAUCAGAAUCACCCACGUGGACGAGAAUACUAAAGAGAAACUAGUAUUCAAACACGGCAGGGUUCCCUACGACCCCCAGGAGUAUCACGCAAUGAUGAAUCCACCAAUCACAAAGCAGGAAGCUGCCGACAAUAAACUCAUAGGUCAAGUACAAGAUUCUGUUAGAGCUCAGAUUCGUAAGCGAGCCUGCAAGACGUUAACCGGCCUGGGCCGUCACUUCAAACAGUUGGAUAAAUCGGGAGAUGGCGUCCUGAGCAAAGAGGAGCUCAGACUAGCGUUGGAUACCUAUCACAUCAAAGUGGACCAAAACUUAUUUGAGUUGUUGUGGUUAGUUCUGGAUCAGAAUGAGGACGGUGCAAUAGACUACAGUGAAUUCCAUCGAGCGUUCAUCGGGGAGAUGAAUGAAAGGAGGAAGACACUUGUCAGAAAGGCAUUUCAGAAAAUUGAUGCCAACAAGUCGGGAACAGUCAGCAUAGAUGAGCUGAAGAAAUUCUUCAAUGUGCAAAAGCAUCCGCACGUUGUACAAGGUCUGGUUACGGCCUCAGAGGUCAUGAAUGGUUUCCUGGAACUCUUUGAUCGACGUGCAAAGGAACUCACGUAUGGAGAAUUUGAGGAUUACUACGAAGGCGUCAGCGUAUCAAUCAACAAUGACGAUGAUUUCAUCGGUAUGGUGUCUGCGUGUUGGACAUUAUGAAUAGGAAACUGGAUAGUAAUGCCAAUAGGGAGAGAUGUGAUUUGUGGACAAAUAUCAAAAUUUAUUCUACCAGGACGUAUUUCUCAAUUGUAGUUGUAAUCAUGUACAUCCAGUACCUACUUUGCUUAAAGACAAGUAGGAAAAUUGGUAAAUACCCAGAAACGCACCUACCGAUUUAAUGAAAAAAACCUCGCUCAAAGUGAAGAAAAGGAAAUUAGUCCGCCUGAAAUCGUAUCAUUCAAAAGAAAAACACUAUGUGUGAUGGGGGAAUGGCUGUUGGUGGCUCCCUGCUCCCACAAGUCACCGCAUCUUUACUUAAAAUGCUUCAGCAUACAUAGAAAUAGAAACUGUAAAGUUCUUGAGUGUGGCUUCUUUCCUAUGGGAGCCAGGUGGGGACGAGAGCCUGGCUCAAAGCACACAUAUAAACAAAGCGUGACGUCAUUGUCUAACAUGUAGGUCUAUUGCAGUAGAGAUAUUUGCAAUGUCCAGCCCUGUUUGAAGUAGAAAGAUUGCGGGUAACACCAUGUGGAAAGUAAUCUCUUCUUGGAAGAAGUGUGGUUCUGAAAAGAACCGGUUGGUUGAGUGUAGAACUCGACGUUUCGGACAGUGUGCUCUGUCCGUCCUCAGGAAGGGGAGUCAGUUUAAUGUUCAAUAUGCAAUCUUUCUCCUUUAUCUCAUCCGCCAUGCAAAGCUUCAGGUCAUAUAUACAGCCUUGUUUACUUUAACGAGAAAAAUCACAAUAAAGUAUUGCCUUCCCCUUGAUGCCUCGUUUUCCAUUUCAAUUUCCAACCAAGCAAACAUGCCUUUAUUUACUGACCGAUCGGUCAAUCAAUUUGUAGACAACUAUCGUUGCAACGUAUGAUGAACAAACUCCUUACUUUAGCUUUGAUGUCAACAUCAUCAACAUGUAUGUAUAUGUAGAAUCGGAAAUGUUGUGGAUUUCAUGACUCACUCCAUGGAACAAAUUUUAUACAAGUUCAUUUAAGUCAUUCCUUCUAUGAUUCAGUACAGCUUUCUGUCACGAAUGCAUGAGAUACUAAAGGAGUAUUAGUUUGACGAACGAAUAAAUUAUGAAAUAUUAAGUACGAGUUGGGACUAUUUAAAGCUUCUUUUUAAUGUUCAACAUGCUGAUGUACAAUGUUCAAUAUAAUUUAUGUACAAUUUGAAAAUUUUAAAAAUAAAUAUUCAGUCUCAAAAUCAA